AUGGACGACAAGCUCGAUCGCAGCACCUCUAAGACGGCGUUUCCUGAGGAGAAGUCAGGUUAUGUAGGCGAAGGAGAGGAACAUGGCGCUCGCCGUCGGUCGUCAAUUCAGAUCAUCCACGACCUGAUCGCUGAAGACCAUACCCAUGAGAUCAAGCUUCGGACCAUGUCAUGGCAGAAGGCAGCUUGGUUGCUUUGCGGCGAUCAAGUCUGCCUCGCCAUCAUGGCCCAGACAUGGUCGCUCUCCGUGCUUGGUUGGGUUCCUGGCAUCAUCACCAUGGUGGGCGCCGGUAUCCUCUUCUGGAUCACCUCCAUCACGAUGCACAAAUACAUCAUGAAGCAUCCUCAGAUCAGGGACAUCUGCGAUUUCGGCUAUUACGCCUUCGGACGCAGCCGUCUUGCCUACGAGUUCACGGGAUUCAUGCUGCUCACCAACAAUAUUCUCCUGAUCGGCUUCCACGUCCUCACCGCGGCGAGGAUCCUCAACACUCUAUCAGACCAUUCGCAGUGCACGGUAGUUUUUUCGGUCAUCGGGAUGCUGAUGGGUAUCGUCAUGUCGAUCCCGAGGACGCUACACCAUAUAUCCUUCAUGUCGAUGUUCUCUGCCUUCUGCAUGGCCAUUGCUAUCCUUCUCUUCCUCAUAUUUGCCGGCAUUGAGGAUCAUCCUGGAUUUGGUUACUACGGGACCUACCCUGCCGCCGGAGAAGUGAGGACCUACGCCUGGCCUCUGCCGGGCACCACCUGGGUGAACUGUAUGAACGCUGUCUUGAACAUCACCUUCUUAUGGGUGCCUCAGAUCCUGUUUCCGACUUUCAUCGCCGAAAUGGAGAAACCACAGGACUUCCCGAAGUCGCUGGCGGUGUUGACCGGAAUUUCGGCCUUCCUGUUCAUCUGCCCUCCGGCUAUCGGCUUCCAUUACCUUGGUCAAUACUCCACGGCGCCAGCAUUUGGCAGCCUUGGGCCCGAAAGAUUUAAAAAGGGCUCCUUCGCAUUCGUCAUCGUUCCAACUACAGUGAUUGCUGUAAUCUAUUCUAAUGUUACAGCCAAAUUCAUCUACUACCGAGUCAUGGGGAAAUCCCGACAUGCACACAGCAACACCAUCAUCGGAUGGGGCGUCUGGUUUGCCGUGACCGUCGUCAUCUGGGUCCUCGCUCUUAUCUUCGCCGAGGUCAUUCCCAGCAUGGGCGACUUUCUGUCUCUUCUCGGCGCAGCGUUCGACUCCUUCUUCGGCUUCAUCUUCUUCGCCGUCGCGUACUACCACCUAUACAGAGGAAACCUGUGGAAUGGCUGGUACAGGUCCAUCAUGACGGUCAUCCAUAUAUUCGUCAUGAUUGUCGGCCUCUUUCUGCUGGGCCCAGGUCUCUACGCUGCAGUCAAGGCCAUCAUCGCCGAUUACUCGGGCGCCACCAAUCCGGCGUUCAGCUGUGCGGACCUUUCAAUCUGA